ACGAAAUAUCAUUCAGUCGCCUCUGCUAGGCCUCAAACAAAGGGCUGGUGGCCACAACAGUGUCAUAUUGGUCACGUUUCGCUCAUUGUUUUAUUGUGACUUUGAACAUUGCAAUAUAGAACCAAGGAAGUGAUCGAACAGGUUAUCAAACUCAAAGGGAAGUGAUUUUGGUUCACAAUUCACCUGGUCAUUCAAGACAUUGUUCAAGACUGACUACCGAGAAUCCAGCAUCAUCAGUAGCCAUGGCAACAAGUGAUGAUGUUGGAAGUGAUCAAACCCUAUCAGACCCACAAGGUGUGACAUCUAACGGCCUGUCUGAGAUGGGUCCUCCAGGUGCCACGGCCAGCAGGAUGAAGGCUGUCGAUCCUGAGGAAAUGAUCAGCAAGGCUACAGCUCACAAGGAGAAGGGGAAUGAACUGUACAAGCAGAAGAAAUACAAGGGGGCAAUAGGCCAGUACCACAGGGCACUUCUGUACCUCAAAACAUUGCAUAAGAGUGGGAGUUCAGGUGCUGCAGGUAGUGCUGGAUUGGCAAUGCAGCAGGUGGCAGCCCUGUCAGGUGCAGAGGAAACGCCCACAACCUCAGAACAAGACACCGCCAUUCAGGAAUUGGAAGCCAACUGUUACAACAACUUGGCAGCAUGUCUGCUCCAGGAGCCUGAGGUGAAGUAUGCCAAGGUGAGCAGUUACUGUGCUGAAGUGCUGGAGAGGAAGCCGGGUAACCCCAAGGCUCUGUACAGAUAUGGCCUGGCUCUGUACCACUCCAAAGACUAUGAUGGGGCACUCAGUAAGCUGCACAAAGCACUACAACAGUCACCAAGUGAUCCCAAUGUUAAGCGCUACAUCAAGCUGACACAAGAGGCACUAGCCAGACAGGUGCAGAGACAGAAAGCCAUGUACAAAGGCAUGUUUGACAGCAAAACAUCUGCCUCAGGUGAUGCUCAGGUGGACACAGGUGCUUCAGUUGGGAACAAGCAGGAGGAGGAGGAUGUCAUCAUGACACAUGCAGAGGGGAAGGGAAGAAAGGAAGAGGAAGAUAGCACCACAGACUCUAAUGGCAAUAACAAUGCUGAUACAUAAUUGUAUGGAUACAAUAUGGACAGUUGGGCACAUUUCAAUUUAGGGUGCAAACUUGGGAAGAAAGAUCAAGUCACAUCAGCUGCCCGUGACUGUUUUGGGCAGUGCCAUUUGGGUUCGACUGGCAUUGUCCUAGAGUGGAAAAUGUUGCCUUGGAUAUCUAGGCACUGUGCUGGUAAUGUCAUGGGAGAAAAGCAAUUUUGCAUCAGAAGUGACAUUACUUACUUUUGUGAUGGAAAACAUGCCAAUGCCAACAUUGAGAUUGUUGUACAGAUAUUGCAUGAACAUACAUGUAGUCUGGGAAAGUUAUGGAAUCUAUCUUGAAUUGGAUCAACUAAAAAUACUUACUAUACUGAAGUGGCAGAUGAGAAUAAAGAGUAUCAUAAGCAACUUGCUAACAGGGAUGAUAGGAAGAAAUAGAUUUAUAUGCAUAGAAAAAGUAGCACAUAAAUUGUCAAUGGUAUAUCUUGGUUCAUAGUCGAAGAGAAGUUCACACUGUUCAGUAUCACAGAUCUGUCAUGUACCACUGACAAUGUUUCCACCGUCAUAAACUGUUUCUGUCGAUGUGACGUUGAUCAGAUGUAACAUAUUGUUGUUAUACUGUUAUAGUUUAUGUUAAUUACAGUUAUUACUAGUGCUAAUAGCUGAUACCAAGUUUCUGGAUAUUGUAACUUAAGCUGAGGCUGUUUUUAUGCAAAAAGCUGAACUAUUCGACAAUUACAGUUUGGGUACACAGACCAUAAAAAGGUUACUGGGUAAAUUACUUCACCAUUAUAUUAUUUCUUGUUUAUUCACAUUUAAGUUUCCAUUUUACUCCUUUUGUAUCACUUCCAAAAGUUUUAUUUAGAAUUUAUCUGUAUACAUAGUAGAUAACAUUGACAUCCCAUUUAAUCCCAUGAAAUAAUUUUCAUGCUUAUUGAUUUUGGCAUAAGAGAUACAGACCGAUAUUAAUUUUGCUAAGUUAAUUGCACCUGUUGGGCAUGGUCCAUGACAAGUUUGAAGAUUGUAUCUGCUCCAAGCUCCAUUCGUUUAUGACAUGUUGAGAAUGAGAAUGUACCUGGAACUGAUAUCCUGCCUGGUGGACCGUUGCAACACUAUAUAUCCUGCUAUAGGAAAAUUGCAUGCAUCAGAUCUGGGAUCAUAAUGAUUGUAAACCUUCUGGAUUGUGUAUUGUAGAAUAAAGUGUUAUUUUU